AUUCCACAAAUAGCACCUCUUAUAUGACUAAGAUUAUUCUUAUUUUUUCUUGUAAUUUAUCUAUUUUUUAAUAUUAUUAACUAUUUUUCAUUUCUUCCUUCAAGAAAAAAAUCAGAAUCUUUAUCUAAACUAAAUAAGUCUUCUAUAAAUUGAAAAUGAUAA